UAAAUGUUUCAAUACAAACCGGUAGUAGACAUUAUUUGUUUGCACUAAGAGGAAAACAAAAUGAAGAUUACAGUUGCUGUAUUUUUAUUAACUAUUGCAGGUUCAGGUUGGGCCAACAAAGAUCUAAAUUAUGAGUUACAAAUAAAUAAGAAAAUUUUGGAGAAUUUACUACAAAAAUUAGAACCUCUACAAGACGAGUUGUCUGUUGGUACUGAAGGCCACAUAACAGCAGUAAUUAACGACUAUGCAGAUCAAUUAUUAGAGAAUAUUUACACAUACUCUGUCAACAAAGGCUUUGACACUAUUGCCUUAGAUGAUUACGAUAAUUGGUUUUUGACAGCUAGCGUAACCUUGACCAAUGGUACUCUAGGAGGCCUCACCAACAUCCAAAGGAGUGAUGACGUAGUUGUCACGUAUACCAGCAGCUCCAAGCUAUUGGACGUGACCAUACCAAUAACAUUUAAGAAAAUCUAUUUUCAGUACCAUUAUCAUGUCAUUGUUCUGUUGAUAGGACCUGAAGGUACUAUGACCGGAAAAAUCCGAGAUCUGAGUAUGGAACUUAAGCUAUCUUUUGAUUUCAACGAGUACCAAGCAACUUAUACAAAAGCUUCAAUAAAAAGCUCUGGCCAUAUCGAUGUUACUUUUGAUGGCGGUUUAGUGGAAAUAGUAGUAAACAUUCUGUCUGAACUGGCAACUACUAUCCUACAUCCUUUGAUAGUGCUUGUAAUUGAAGGUGAAAUAAACAAUGUCUUGGGUAAGGUAGUCGAAAAUAUCAACGAGUCUAUCAGCAACAUUUUAAAUCCACAAUAAACAUACUGUUUGAAUAAGUUUUGUAAGUUUUAAUAUGAAAAUAAUUGGGUAUGUAUAGAUGUAGAUACUUAUUUACUAAAUAUUAAAUAAAGGUCUAUUUUUUCUUAA